AUGAAGAAACAGGUGGUGUUUAUUGCGGGUUUACUCCUGACAACAGUGGUACAGGCUAAAACACUCGACGACCUAAAACCAGAAGACGAUCUGAAAACCUCAGCUACUGGUUAUGGUUCUAGUGGGGGAGGAGGUGGAGGAUACGGUGGAGGAGGAGGUGGAGGAUACGGUGGGGGAGGAGGUGGAGGAUCUGUCAGUAUCCAGGCUAUACCCGUUUCAAUAAGCGGAGGAGGUGGUGGAGGUCAUGGAGGUGGUGGUGGAGGCUACGGAGGUGGAGGCGGUGGCGGAGGUUACGGAGGAGGUGGUGGUGGGAGUGCUGCCCUUGGACUUCUUGCUGUACCGAUUUCUCUGACAUCUGGAGGUGGUGGGGGCGGCGGUAAAUCUGGUGGAGGAGGUGGUUACGGAGGAGGUGGUGGAGGAGGUUAUGGAGGAUGGCACUAA